CAUGUUGUUUAUUGUACGGUAGUAUCACCGAUCACGGUUUUUAGUCUAGUUCGUUCGCGCCGCCGUGUGCUCGCACACGCAUGCUCUAUUCUAUUGUAAUUUCACUCGCGUGGGAUAUAUAUUUUUAUUGUGGUUUUGCAAUCAAAUAAAUAAAUAUAAAUAAAGCCAACUGACGUAUUAAUCAUUUUAGCGUUCAAAUUCAAUAUUGGGUUUACAUUAUGUCAAUUACAAAAACUGAUACAAUGGAAGAGCUUUUAGAAAAAGGACUAGACUUUUUCUAUAAACAUUUUCCUGAAAGUAAAAAACCUGACAAAAUGGGUGUUGGACCGGGACGAGUAAAUCUAAUAGGAGAACAUACAGAUUACAACGACGGCUAUGUUCUGCCAAUGGCAUUGCCGAUGGUAACGAUUAUGUUGGGACGAGCCAAUAACACUGAUACUUGUCGAGUGGUAACCGCAUGUGUUGAUUUCGAUGACACGAUUGACUCAAACAGAACAGAAUUUAAAAUUCCCACCGUUAAGCCACUAUCCGUGGGCACACCGAAAUGGGCCAACUACGUCAAAGGAGUGAUCGCAUGUUUCCAAAGUAUUGUGGUAGGAUUCGAUGCAGUGAUUUUAUCAAGCGUACCAUUAGGCGGUGGGCUUUCCAGUAGUGCUUCCUUGGAAGUAGCUACUUAUUCAUUCAUCGAAGCUAUUACUGGGAAUAAAACAAUUCAAUUAGUCAAAAAAGCCAUGGUAUGCCAAAAAGCCGAGCAUAUGUUUGCCGGAGUACCUUGUGGAAUAAUGGAUCAGUUUAUUUCCGUAAUGGGAGUACACGGGCAUGCAUUGCUCAUAGAUUGCAAAACAUUACAAUAUCAACCCGUUCCACUGACUGAAAACACAUAUGUAUUUUUGAUAACUAACUCAAACAUUCAUCACGAAUUAUCGAAUGGCCAAUAUCAACUGAGACGAUAUCAAUGCGAAGAAGCAAGUGAUUUGUUAAACGUCCCAAGUCUCAGAUUAGCUACAAUGGAUAAUCUUAACCGGGUGCAUUUCGAAGGUAAAAUAAAUCAAAUCAUUUACAAACGGGCGAGACAUGUAAUUACAGAAAUUGAACGCACAAAAUCUGCAGCUGACGCAUUAGCACGAGGCAAUUACAAAAUGUUUGGUGAACUCAUGAACGAUAGUCACAAUUCGCUAAGGGAUGAUUUCGAAGUGUCUUGUCCAGAAUUAGACCAACUGGUCGAGUUAGCCAGAAAAGUGCCCGGUGUCCUUGGUUCUCGGAUGACCGGAGGAGGUUUCGGCGGAUGCACAGUCACACUGGUGAACCGGACUGCGGUAAACACUGUUGUCGAGACCAUCAGCACGGAAUACACACAAAACCCAAAAUUUUACGUGGUCUCGCCGUCGUGUGGAGCAAGAAUUUUUACCACAUUAUAGUUCCAAUUUGUGUCGUACUUAAAAACGUUAUUACAAUAUGAUAAUAUAUCUACCUAUAAGUUGUAACAAUAUAAUUAAAAUAAUAUUAUGUAAUAUGCCGUCAUGCAUAGCCAAAAGUUGCUCAGCUCAUAUAACUUAUGAGAAUGUGUUCAUGUAGGUGUACCUCUUUAUAUUAUUAUCAUUUGAAUAUAUAUUUUAUUUUCUGUUAAAA